AUCAACGCGUUGAAAAAUUGUUUAGGGAUCGGAUAGGAACGUUGAAAUGGCGGAGGCAGCAGCAGGGAAUAGUGCAGCUGAAACACAACCACCGGCAAGACGGCUGCUGAGAGGUCAUAAAGCCGACGCUACCUCCUGCAUCUCCUCCGUACACCGUCCUGGCCUCAUCAUCUCCUCCGAUGAAGCUGGGCGUGUUUGUUGGUUUGAUAUGCGAUGUAAAGAUGUUGUGGCUACCAUGGAUGUUGCACAAAAUCCUAUUACCUCUUUAUGCUUCAGACCAGGGAAUGAGGAUAUUAUGUAUGUAUCAUCGGAAAAUGAAGUGAAGGUUUUUGAUGUACAUAUGCUAUCCGCAUGGAAUCCAUUAGAGAGUUACAAUUACAACAAAGAGGAGAUAAACCAGAUCACGUGCAACUCAAAAUCAUCUUUUCUUGCAGCAGCUGAUGAUGGUGGUGAUAUAAAGAUAAUUGACAUACGCCAAAAGUGCCUUUAUAAGACAUUAAGGGCUGCCCAUGAAAGUAUAUGUACUAGUGUGCAGUUUCUUCCUUGGAGACCUUGGGAAGUGAUUACUGGUGGGCUUGAUUCAAAGCUUAUAAUGUGGGACUUCUCGAAAGGACGGCCAUUCAAAGUUAUGGACCUGGGCAAAACUGAGCUUGAGAGCAGUAGCUCGACACAAUGUUGCAAUCCUGCUUUUGUCCAUGCAAUUGCAGUUCCUGAAGUUGAUAUGUCAGAUAAAGUGGGCAAGAUAUGUGUUGUAGCAAGAGGUGAUGGAGUUGUUGAUGUAAUCAACAUAGAGUCAGAAUUUAAUGCUGCAAAAUCACGGGAUACUGCUAAACCAAGAAAAGGUGGUCAAUUGAAGUCCACAAAACCCGAAAAUCAAGAUCAAAAUCAAAGAACCAGGUUACGUUUAGAUUAUUCCUUUGGAGGGCAUUCUGCUGCAGUAUCUUGUGUGGCCUUUUGUAUGUUUGGGGACAAAGGAAGGUACAUAAUAUCAGGGGGAAAUGAUAAAGCUGUGAAGGUUUGGAACUGGUCCAAGUUCUUUGAGGCGGAUCAAACUUGCAAUGACAAUGACUUUCUACAUUUAGACAUUAAAUUGAGCAGAAAAGUCAAUUGGCUCUGCACCACCCCAACUGAUUCAGAAAAUAUUGUUGUAUGUGAUACUUCUAAAGUAGUGAAGGUCUAUACUGUUGCAAUGAUGCAGCCCGAGAUGCCGGUUUGCAACACUUGUGGCGAACAAGUCGGGUUUGGUUCUGAUGGGAACGGUGUGUUUGUUGGUUGUCAUGAAUGUAAUUUCCCUAUUUGUAAGCCUUGUUUGGAUUAUGAGAUCAAAGAAGGUCACACUGCUUGCAUACAAUGUGGUACCCCUUAUCAUCAUGGGAGCUUGAGUAAUGCUGCUGAUGUGCAAGAAAAGGUGCAUGUAACACACACUACUAUGGCUAGUCAUCUUAGUAACAAUCAGGAUGCUGGACUCCAUGCAAGAAAUAUAAGCACUGUAUCGACAGUUGAUAGUGAUAUGAUGAGUGAAGGUGGGAAUCCAAUCUGGAAAAACCGGGUUGAGAGUUGGAAGGAUAAGAAGAACAAGAAGAAGAAGGGUGGUGAUAAGGCUCCUAAAGAAGUUCAAGUUCCUAUGGAGCAACAAAUGGAUGAACAUCAGUCGUCAGGGGAGCCAAAUGCAAUGCAGCCACUUUCACAAAUAGUUCCAAUACCAAAGAGCCAAAUCACACCAUAUAGGGCUGUGAUUAUUAUUCGCCUGGUCAUUUUGGGACUUUUUUUCCAUUACAGAAUCACAAAUCCAGUUGAAAGUUCUUAUGGUUUGUGGCUCACUUCUGUUAUUUGUGAGAUCUGGUUUGCUAUUUCUUGGGUGUUGGAUCAGUUCCCUAAAUGGUAUCCUAUUAAUCGGGUUACAUUUACCGAUGAGCUAUCUGCUAGGUUUGAAAGAGAUGAUGGGACUUCAGAACUUGCAGCUGUUGAUUUCUUUGUGAGCACAGUUGAUCCUCUAAAAGAACCUCCUCUAAUUACUGCUAACACGGUACUAUCAAUUUUGGCUGUCGACUACCCCGUUGAUAAGGUCUCCUGUUAUGUCUCUGAUGAUGGUGCCGCAAUGCUGUCUUUCGAAUCUCUUGCUGAGACAGCAGAGUUUGCAAGAAAGUGGGUCCCUUUUUGUAAGAAGUUUGCAAUAGAGCCACGAGCACCAGAGUUUUACUUCUCCCAGAAAAUUGACUACUUAAAGGAUAAAGUGCAGCCUUCGUUUGUCAAAGAACGUAGAGCAAUGAAACGAGAUUAUGAGGAGUACAAAGUGCGCAUAAAUGCUUUAGUAGCAAAAGCUCAGAAAACUCCUGAAGAAGGAUGGACCAUGCAAGACGGAACACCUUGGCCUGGAAAUAAUACACGUGACCAUCCUGGGAUGAUUCAGGUUUUCCUAGGACAUAGUGGUGCCCAUGACAUUGAAGGAAACGAGCUUCCUCGAUUAGUUUAUGUAUCUAGAGAGAAGAGACCUGGAUAUCAACACCAUAAAAAAGCUGGUGCAGAAAAUGCUUUGGUAAGGGUGUCUGCAGUACUCACAAAUGCACCCUAUAUACUUAAUCUGGAUUGUGAUCACUAUGUCAACAAUAGUAAGGCGGUUCGAGAGGCAAUGUGUUUCAUGAUGGACCCACAAGUUGGCCAGGAUGUCUGUUAUAUCCAGUUCCCUCAGAGAUUUGAUGGCAUUGACCGUAGUGACAGAUAUGCCAAUCGGAACACUGUUUUCUUUGAUGUUAACAUGAAAGGAUUAGAUGGCAUUCAAGGACCGGUUUAUGUAGGAACAGGAUGUGUUUUCUAUAGGCAAGCUCUAUACGGUUAUGGACCUCAAUCUUUACCCAUAUUACCAAAGCCUUCUACUUCAUCUUGUUGUUGUGGGCCAAAGAAACCCAAGAAAGAUCUGGAGGAGUUUCAGCGUGAUGCUAGAAGGGAUGAUUUAAAUUCUGCCAUUUUUAACCUUAAAGAGAUUGAGAGUUAUGAUGACUAUGAACGGUCAUUACUCAUAUCGCAAAUGAGCUUUGAGAAAACUUUUGGCAUGUCUUCUGUGUUUAUCGAGUCUACUUUGAUGGAAAACGGAGGACUAGCUGAGUCUGCCAACCCAGCAACUAUGAUCAAUGAAGCAAUUCAUGUUAUUAGUUGCGGGUAUGAAGAGAAAACCGCAUGGGGUAAAGAGAUUGGCUGGAUUUACGGAUCAGUUACAGAGGAUAUCUUGACAGGAUUCAAGAUGCAUUGUAGAGGAUGGAGAUCAAUAUACUGCAUGCCAGUGAGACCUGCAUUUAAAGGGUCAGCUCCUAUUAACUUGUCAGAUAGGCUACACCAAGUUUUGAGAUGGGCUCUUGGAUCCGUUGAGAUUUUUUUGAGCAGACACUGCCCGUUAUGGUACGGAUGGGGUGGUGGCCGCCUCAAAUUGCUCCAAAGACUUGCAUACAUAAACACCAUUGUCUAUCCAUUUACAUCUCUCCCUCUUGUUGCAUACUGCACGUUGCCUGCUAUCUGCCUUCUAACUGGAAAAUUCAUCAUCCCCACGCUUUCCAACUUAGCAGCAGUUUGGUUUCUUUGCCUCUUUAUGUCAAUCAUCACCACCAGUAUCCUUGAAAUCCGAUGGAGUGGUGUCAGCAUUGAAGAACUCUGGCGUAACGAGCAGUUUUGGGUCAUUGGUGGUGUCUCGGCCCAUCUUUUUGCCGUUUUUCAAGGAUUUCUCAAAAUGUUGGCUGGUGUUGAUACAAACUUUACUGUCACCUCCAAACAGGCUGAUGAUCUUGAGUUCGGGGAGCUUUAUAUGAUCAAAUGGACAACAGUUUUGAUCCCUCCCACCACCCUUCUCGUUCUAAACUUAGUAGGCGUCGUGGCAGGGUUCUCCGAUGCACUCAACAAAGGGUAUGAGGCGUGGGGUCCACUAUUCGGUAAAGUCUUCUUUGCCUUUUGGGUUAUUCUUCAUUUAUAUCCAUUCCUCAAAGGUCUCAUGGGUCGCCAAAACCGAACUCCCACCAUUGUCAUUCUGUGGUCGGUUUUGCUGGCGUCUGUUUUCUCCCUUGUGUGGGUGAAAAUUGAUCCAUUCGUUAGCAAAAAUGAUUCUAGCCUUACACAAGACUGCAUCGCCAUUGAUUGUUGAGUACACACUAUAGUAGUUUUGAAAUGUAGAUUUUUUUGGUGUUAUGCAUUUUAUUUUGAGAAAUGUAUUUUGUAAUUUGUAUUGAUGGAAAAACUUGAAUGUAAAA